AUGCUGGAGGUCGUCUUUGACAAUUUUAUGGUCGAUGUGGACGACAUGAAACUCGUCGACGCCUCAGCAGGGCCUCGCCAUGCCGGUGGAGGUGGUUUAUUUAAGACUCCAAUUAGGGAUUUCCUCGUUGUUGAUGUUGAAAUCUCCACUUUCGAAGACGUUGUUGAGCAUGGGUUGGUCACGACCAUAACCACCUCUGUCAUGAAAAAUCUGGGGCUAAAGGCAAGAAUAAGUGUGAGAGACGCAUCUCAAAAUAUUAGAAAGAAAUUUGGAGGGGAAGCACUAAUAAGAGAUUUGACUUACAAAAGCAACAUAUUACCAAGCAUGGGAGACAAAAAUGGAAAAGUUGAAAAAGUUGAGUGA